CUCUUAUAUUAAUCAAACACCGCAGCAAGAGGAUAUGGUAAUAAAGAGAGCCACCAGUAUCGAUGUUUGGUGCGCGCGUGAGUAACACACAGUGGAAUUGCUUAAGCAGCUUCUCCGCCACCCUUCAAUGACCGUUCCCCACCACACCCUCAAUCUGCAAUGCUCUCCUGCCCACUGAAAUUGUCUGCUUCUCGAUUUCCGAUCAAUUCCGUGCCUAGAAGAACCGUUCUGCCCAAAUUUGUUUUCGUUUAUGCGAUUGAACACGCAACACAUUCAACUUGUGGUGGUGCAUCUCUUGUGACGAAGAUAUGUCCUUUCAUUGGACUUGGCCACCCUAGACUAGUCAGUUCCUUUACGGGACCAUACUCAUCUAGAGCGAUGCACAAGUGUUUCUAUCCAAGGGAAAAACCGGUGCCUCGUGUUGUUGAAUCUUCUUGCCGAGGGGAUUUUGUGAAAUCUGAUGUGUCUGAAGAGCCAAAUUUAACUGAAAAUACGCAAGCAGAUAGUUCUCGGCAUAUACUUGAAGGUGUCGACACUAAGGAAAUCCAGAGAAGGAAAAAAAUUGGUGAGGGAAACAAAGGGAAAAUCCCGUGGAAUAUUGGGCGAAAACACAGUGAAGAGACUCGUGAGAGAAUCAGUCGCAGAACGAAAGAAGCCUUGAAAGAUCCCAAGAUUAGAAAGAAGAUGUCUGAAGCUCCUCGUACUCUCAGUAAUCAGACCAUAGCGAAAAUACGUGCAUCUCUCACGAGGGUGUGGGGAAAACGCCUACGAUUGAAAAGAACGAGCGAGAAAUUCAUGCAAUCAUGGAAAGAAAGCAUUGCAAAAGCUGCAAAGAUAGGAGGGACUGAUCAGCAAAAACUCGACUGGGAUAGCUAUGAAAAAAUUAAACGAGAAAUAGCCCUUCAACAGAUUCAUCAAGUUGCAGAGAAGGCGAAGGCGAAAGAGAUGGCACGUGCCCAAGCAGAGAGAGCAGCACAAGAAAGAGCAGAAAAGACGGCGAUUCUUGCAGAGAAAAGAAGAGAGCGCGAACAAAAGGCGAAAAAUGGAGGAGAACCGAUUACAAGGAGAAACAGAAAGUCGAAAGAAGAAAAGGAGAAGUUGGCUGAAUUUCAGGAAGAAAAACUCAAGGAGAGACUAAUGAAGAUUCGUAAAAAGAAAUCUGCAAUUAAUCAAGUAAGCAAUCAAAGUGAUCGGCCCUGGGAGAGAUUCGACUUGGAUAUUGCAAAAGGGGAACAAUUGCAGAAGGAAAUUCCACUGGCGGAUCAGAUUCGUUUCGCUAAGAACAAAAGAGCAGAACAGACAACUUAAGACAAUCUUUGAGACAUCAUUUUAAUUUAAUACACAAACUUUGAUUAGAGCUAACAUUUAUUAUGUCUGAACUGUAGUAGCACAACAGCAUUUUGUACCAAUUGUUCCUUACAUUUUGUGCUGGUUUGUCUAAUUCCUAUGUUCUUGUGGGAUGUCAGUAUAUUAGAAACGGAUAAUCGAAAUCAUGGUUGUUUCUUUUCCGGGCACUAUUUGACAUGGCUUUUCCU